AUGAAGCAGAUCCUCGAUCAGAUGCUAUCCGCUAAGGCAGCCCCUCUAGUUCCCCCGCGUACGCUUACUACGGGACCCUGCAAGGAAAACAAGCUGUUCGGAGACGAGAUCGACCUUACCAAGCUGCCGGCGCCGCUCAUCCACCAGAGCGAUGGCGGAAGGUAUAUUCAAACCUACGGCAUCAACAUAGUCAAAUCACCGGAUGGGACCUGGACCAACUGGUCAAUAGCACGCGCCAUGGUGCACGAUCAAAGGCAUCUGGCCGGGCUGGUCAUCGAGCCGCAGCACCUGUGGCAAAUCCACCAGCUCUGGAAGAAGGAGAGGCCCGGCGUCGACAUUCCGUGGGCGCUUACACUUGGAGCACCUCCUGCCGCAGUCAUGGCCUCGUCGAUGCCGCUUCCCGAUCGGGUCAGUGAAGCCGAGUACGUCGGCGCCAUGAACGGAGCCCCUAUGGACCUUGUGAAGUGCGAGACCAACGACCUGCUCGUGCCGGCGUCCUCUGAGAUUGUGCUGGAGGGGACACUAUCCGUUACUGAAACGGCCCGCGAAGGUCCUUUUGGAGAAAUGCACGGCUACUGCUUCCCCGGGGACGCGCGCCAGUCGCCGCUGUACCGAGUCAACUGCAUCACUUACCGAAACGGCGCCAUUCUCCCCGUCUGCGCGUCCGGCCGCCUGACAGACGAGACGCAUACCAUGAUCGGGUCUCUCGCCGCAGCGGAAAUUCGCCAAUUAUGCCAGGAGAAUGGCUUGCCCAUCACCGACGCUUUUGCAAGUUUCGAAACACAGGUGACUUGGGUAGCACUCAAGGUCGAUACGACUGCAUUACGGAAGCUUGGCAUCACAAAGAUUUCCAAGGAGUUUAGCCGCCGUGUGGGCGAUCUGGUCUUCAACCACAAAGUUGGUUACACGAUCCAUCGGCUUGUCCUGGUUGGAGACGACAUCGAUGUCUAUGAAGGUAGCGAUGUCUUGUGGGCCUUCAGCACGCGCUGCCGUCCUGGUGACGAUGAGGUUUUCUAUCCGGAGGUUCGUGCCUUCCCGCUGAUUCCAUACAACGGUCACGGUGCCCAUAGCCCGGUCAAAGGCGGGAAGGUAGUAAGUGACGCACUACUUCCUGCAGAGUACACAACUGGAAAGGACUGGGAGGCGGCGAGUUUUAAAGAGAGCUAUCCAACCGGAGUACAGGAAAGGGUUAUUUCUCAAUGGAGUGAAAUGGGGUUUGAGAAGAGGUGA